AUGUCCCUGGCAUCUCCCGAUGAUUCACCCUUCCGCAGGGGUCAGAGGCCGGAACUGUCGAGUCCACUUCGGGACCUGCCAACCGAUCUCAUUCUCGAAACUUACAAAGCCUUUGAUCAUAUCUCUCAGAUCGUCGCGCUGAACAGCACGUCGCGCGUGUUCUAUGAAAUCACGCGAGUUGAUCCUGGCCCUUUCUCCGACGCAGUCCUUCCUCGCUCCAUCGCUUGUCACGACACUGUGGUAUGA